UUUUUUCGAUAUAUUGAGAAAAAGAACACUGCGUUCGAACCCACGAAAAAGUAUCGAGUUGGUCGAGGGUCGCUGCGAUUGUUCCGGUUGAUAUAUCGUCACUCGAAGAUUCAAACACGCUUAUGUCGCAUUGCAAGAAGCAACGUUCUUUGCGUUUAUAUGGACGCUUUGUGGAGUUGAUGUGAAUCGUGACGAGGAUAGUGCUAAAUAAUACCUAAAAGUAGAAAAUUUAUAUUAAAAAUGAAAAUCCUCAUAAUAGUCCCUGUUUUAAUAAUACACUAUGCAUGUGCAUCUUCUGCAUCAUACAUACAACCUCGGGGCACAGUAACUUACAUGGAAGAUGGUUUCCACAUAGAGAAGCAAAUAUCAGGACUCCAUAUUUAUUGCUAUAAGGGAAAGAUGAAGUACCUCUUUCAUAUAUGGCAAACCGUACUGAUGAACCUUGACGUAGAUGGUGAAUCAUACGGGCAGUAUGAUGGAAAAUCAGCUGCUGAAGUAGCACAAAAAUAUGAAGAACUUCGGACAUCCUGGAGCUUAAAUUUGUUCAACACAAAAAAAAAAGAAAUCAAACUUAAUCCAUUCCAGCAAACUUGCAUCGGAAUUGAGACCAGUCAUGUUUACCGUAUAACUCUAAAAUCUAUAGGAAUUGACUUUUGGAAAGUAACUUUAUUGAUUCUGGGAAUCAUAGUAUUUUUGUUUGCAAAAAAAUUGAGCUAUGAUCCAAUAUUUUAUUAUAUAUGUGGGAUCACGCUUGGUGUUACAACGUCUCUAUUGAUACUGAUAUACCUCAUCAGCAAAUUGCUUCCCAAAGGUAAAACCAUGUAUCUACUAGCAGCUGGUGGUUGGACAGUAAGCCUUUAUCUUGGACAAUUGAUCUGGGAAAAUGCUCAAAUGAUUGCUGUGCAGUAUCGAGAAUAUGUAAUUUGGUAUAUAAUUAUCACGUCGUUAAUAAGCUUUGUGGUUUGUUAUCGGUUCGGCCCAGUUACAAACAAACGCACCAAAACUAUUAUACAGUGGUUCCUUCAGGCCUCAAGUUUUGUAAUGAUAUACUGCAGCAGUCACUUCGAUGAAGCUGCUGUUGGAAUUUGUAUAUUGUUGGUCAUUGGGUACAACUUUCCACAUUCUUUCGUACGUAAGGGAAAAUCUUAUUGGAAAGCGAAGUUUCCGCAACGGCGAAAGUUGCUGACAGAAGACGAAUAUCAUGAAGAGGGUAUGCGGGAAACUGAGCAUGCAUUGAGCAAUUUGAGAGAAUAUUGCUCAAGUCCUGAAUGCAACCAGUGGAAGACCGUCUUGAGGCUCAAUGACCCCAUCAGGUUCGCUAACUUUAUGGAAGGUAAUUCACAUCUUGCAGACAACGAAGUACUGCAGUACGAAACUGAAACUACAUACUCGCAGGAAGAAUGUGAGUAUACUGACGAUGAAGACUAUCUACAACUGACCGAUUAGAAAUGAAGCUCAAUGCCAAAAAAGUCGUGAAUCAAACGCAUCGUUCCUGAAUGAAACUUCAAGCAGCUGCACCGGGUCUAAAUUAUAUGCUAACUUUUAAUCGCAAGAGAGAUAAAAUAUUUUCUCAACUACUACGGAGAUCACCAAAUUCACAGUGUUCAAAAAAUGUAAAUAUUAGUACAUAGUUCCUUUUUGUCGCUCAACAUAUGUUAUUGAUUUUACACCUUUGGAAUAAUAUGAUAAUUAUAUUAAUAGAAAAAAAUGGAUUCUUCCAUACAUGAUACUCAUAUUGAGAUAGGUCAUUAAAUUUCCGAUAAUAUUCCAAGCAGAGGCGUUAGGAAAACCAUUCUUUCGUGACCUCAGUUUUUAAUUCGAUUGACUAACUCUGAUUUGCCAAACAGUCUUAAAAAUACUUAACAUCGUGUUGUGACUUAGAAAUACACUCGUAAUUUAAUAUUUAUUGUCAAUUCAUGGUUCUAAUAAAAUGAAUUUCUAUUCGAAA